AUGUCAACCACCAGCAUCAACGCCUACACAACCACCGAACCACCACCACCGCAAAUCCUAAUCCCCUCCCUCUCAAAUGAUAUCGCCUUAAGCAUCUUAGCCCGCAUCCCAAGGUCCCAUCACCCACUUCUUUCCCUAGUCUCCAAACCUUUCCGUUCCCUCCUUUCGUCUCCUCUAUUUUACACUACUCGCUCCCUCCUCAACACCUCUCAACACUUUCUCUACCUUUCCCUCCGCAUUCCCACCGCAACUUCCCUGCAUUGGUUCACACUCUAUCAAAACCCCACAAAGAAUUCCUUAAUUCCCCUCCCUCCCACUCCUUCCCCUCUCGUGGGUUCCGCUUUCGUCGCUGUGGGACCCAAGAUUUAUGUCAUUGGUGGCUCGAUCGGUGACAUCCCGUCCUCCCACGUAUGGGCACUGGACUGCCGCUCCAACACGUGGGAGGCUGUCCCUGGCAUGAGAAUUUCGCGCGAGUUUGCUGCCGCUGGAGUUGUGGAUGGGAGAAUUUAUGUGAUUGGCGGGUGCGUGGUGGACACGUGGGUGAAGUCGAGGAAUUGGGCGGAGGUUUUUGAUCCGAAAACGGGGAAAUGGGAUUCUGUUGAUAGUGGAAAGGAUGGUUUGUUACGCGAAAAAUGGAUGCACGGAAGUGCUGUAGUAAAUGAGAGAAUUUAUGUGAUGGCAGAUAGGAACGGGGUUGUUUAUGAGCCGAAAACGAAGAAAUGGGAGACUGUGGGGAGUGAAUUGGAUUUAGGGUGGAGAGGGAGAGCAUGUGUGGUUAAUGGGAUUUUGUAUUGUUAUGAUUAUGUGGGAAAUAUUAGGGGUUUUGAUGUGGGGAAUGGGGUUUGGAAGGACUUAAGGGGGUGGAAAAGGAGUUGCCUAGGUUUUUAUGUGGUGCCACGAUGGCGAAUGUAG